GGAGACAUUCAGUCUUUCUGGCCUGCUCGGUCGAACUGCAGCACAUAAACUCGAUGUCUUUUUAAUUUUCUCGGAUUUUGUGUAUUUUUUCAAAAAAAUAAAUAAAUUUAUUCUUUAUAGUUACUUGAAAUAAUAUUUUUUUUUUGAGUGCAAACACCUGGAUAUUAUUUGUCAUCAAAAUUCUUCAAAUUAUGCACACAACAUCCAAUGAGAUUUAAUCCAAGGCUUGCCAAACAGAAUGCGUUGGUUUAAGGCCCACAUCGAAGCACCAAGACUUCUCAGUUUAAGUCCACUUCAAGCUGAAGAAGACCUGGAUCGUGCAUCUCAUUUUCAUUCAACGACUCGAUUCAGAGACCUAUCACCAGUACGAUGGACACGUCGAAAAUCAUCAAGUUCCGAAUCAGAGAGAAAUUGUUAUAAUAUACAAACGUCACAAGUAACAACUGAACGUACAUCAACGAAAAAGGAUAAGAAAAAAAUACAAGAAGAAAGAAGAAGAAUUUGUGAAAAACGAAAUCCACUUCUUGAUAAAGUUAAAACAACACGUUUGAGUUUUCUUCGCGAUCAAGAUUCUGAUGAUGAUGAUAAUGAAAGUGAUAAAAAAGAAUUUCAAUUAGAAUUAAAUCGUCGAGGAUUAAUGAGAAAUGAUAUUCGAAGAUCUGUCUGUGAAAAAGAUUUAAAAGAACUUACCGAAGAGGAGAAAACACAGGCAAAAAGGAAGAAACGAUCAAAAUCCCACAGUCGUUUAACAACACGACAUCAUGCCGACGAGAGAUUUGUACUAUUUAAUUUUAGAACAUCAACGCCCUAUAAGGAAGAAAAACCACAAACGGAAAAUUUUCUCGAAAGUCCCAAAUCUUGGCAUAAAUCCAAUAAUAAUAAUAAUGAUAAUGAUAAUGAAGAGGAGAAAAUAAAUAAUAAUAAUGAAAAUUCAAUUAGAGAAGGUGCACAAUUUGAUAGUUUAACACCAUCGAGUUGUUUAGCUGCAAAAUUUCGUGCAAUGCAAGAUCGUUAUUUAAAAAGUUCAACAAGUAAAUUAAUUGCAAAAAUUUAUAAAAAAGAUACAAAAGAUCGUGAUAGAAGACGAUUGAGAAGUUUUUCCUAUGGUACACUACCAGGAUUAGAGGAAUUACGUACAAAUCCACUUUACGAUGAUCAAGAUCAAGACGACAAUGAUUCUGGUAUUCUCGAUAAUGAUUCAGCAACCAGUUCACUAUUAGACGAUAGAUGCAGUAGUGGUGCUUCAGAAUUAUUAACAAGUUUGCUCAAUGAAUCCUCAUCAUCAUCAUCGCCACCACCACCACCACGACUCCCACCUAGAAGACCAUCAGCACCCAUCACUGACCUAGAAAAGAAUCUUCGAUUGUGCCAACAUGCUUCCAUAUUAGAAGCCAAUCCUAUAAUUGUCAAGACUGAUGGUAAAAAAAUAAAACCAUUCGCUCACAAUGUAUGUCUAGGAAUUGAAAAAGAUCCCUUAAAUAUAAUUUCAAAGGAAAAUAAAGACAAAAUUUUACAAGAAAAGAAAAUAAAUUUCAAAAAAGAAUUACCAGUUAUUCGAAGUAGUACCUGUAAUACAGAAACAAUUGUUGUUAAAUUACCAAGAGAAACAUCUGAUCAGUGUUUGGGAAUUUUUAUUGCCAAAACAUCGGAUUCAAAUCCUGGUUAUUUAGUUGCACACGUUGUUCCAAAUGGUCUAGCCGAUAAGGAAGGAACAUUAAAAAUUGGCGAUGAAAUUUUAAUUGUCAAUGGCAAAAGACUGAGAGGUUUAACAAUGUCAGAGGCAAGAAAAAUUUUAGGUAGCGGUAAUGCACCUGGAAUUGUUGAUAUUAUUAUAUCACGAUAUCAAAAUCUAGAACAACAACAACAACAACCAAAAAAAUUAAAGGAGAGCAGCGUUGAUUAUGAGAAUGUGAGCAUUGAAAAUGGUCAUGGUGUAAUUGUGGAAAAUUCUUCACCCAAGUGUCAUUUUAGGAAACACAACUCGCGACAUAAUCGAGACAGGAAGAACGAGUCCAACAGGUCGAUAUCUUCAGAGAAAUCAUGUACCACUACAACAACAACAACAACAACAUUGGACAGUGGUGCUCAGAGUAUUUCAAAUUUUUGCACUCUACCAAGAAGACCAAGAAGUACAUUGUCUAAAUUUUUGACUGUUGUUUUUGAAAAGGGACAGGGGAAAAAAUCCCUUGGAUUUACAAUCGUUGGUGGACGAGACAGUCCCAAAGGAAGCAUCGGCAUCUUCAUAAAAUCGGUUCUACCUGGAGGUCAGGCAGCCGAGGAUGGCCGAUUGAAAGCUGGGGAUGAAAUUUUGGCGGUCAAUGGCCAGGUUUGUCAUGACUUGACUCAUCGUGAAGCUGUUCAGCUUUUUCGCAAUAAUAAAAGCGGUCCAGUGGCUCUUCACUUGUGCAGAAGAUCCAAGCAACGUGAUUUGCAAGGUUCGAAAGCAAAAUCCUGUGCAGAUCUUUUACUCGUUGAUACCUGAUUAAAUCAAUCCAACGGAGUAUAAUAAAAAAAAAAAUUAACAAAAGUGACGAACCUUAUUUCAUUUUAUGUUGUACGAAGAUAUAACAAUAAUGUAAAUAUAUUUUAUUUUUUUUUUUGUAAAUUUUGUAACAUACUUUUGUGAAAAUAAAAGAAAUUAUUUAAUGUUUUCGUAAA